AUGGUGUCCGCCCAGGGCCGGGGAUGUGCCUGGGAGGGAGCCCGGGCUGCGGUCAGUGUGUUCCAGCUCGCCAUGUACCCCCUGCUGCUGGCUGUGCUCUGCCUACUGGUCCCCGGGACUGCCCUCCCCCGGCACGGGCUCUAUCCCUAUGGGCUACCCCGGGGGGACACGCUGCUGCCGGGAGGGGACGAUGAGACCUCGGAUCCGGUGACCCUCACCCAGCCCCUGCUCUUCUUCGAGGCUCAGUUUAACCAGCUCUAUGUUGGGACCAAUGGCAUUAUCUCACCCCAAGACUUUCCCAGAGAAACACAAUAUGUUGACGAUGGUUUCCCCACUGACUUCCCGGUGAUCGCCCCGUUCCUUUCAGACAUUGAUACCAGCAAUGGCCGGGGGAAGAUUUAUUACCGGCAAGAUGUUUCUGAUGAGAUUGUCAACAUGGCAGCUGGUCAUAUCCAGAGAGGCUUCCCGGAAGCUGCGUUCACGCCGACUAACGUCUUCCUGGUUACAUGGGAGAACGUAGGAGCUUAUGAAGAAGUGACGCGUCACUCUGCAUCUUCUAACCGGUUGAACACGUUCCAGGCUGUGCUGGCAUAUGAUGAGUCCGACGCCUACGCCGUGUUUAUCUACCCAGAGGAUGGGCUUCAGUUUUUUGGAACUCGCCCCAAGGAGUCAUAUAAUGUAAACCUUGAACUCCCGGCCAGGGUGGGAUUCAGUCGAGGGGAGUCGGAGACCGUGAAAAGGGAAGCACCUUUCUACAGCUUAACCACUAGUGAGCAGUCUGUCAAGAACCUCUACCAGUCAAGUAAUGUUGGAAUCCCUGGAGUUUGGGUCUUUCACAUCGGUAGCAUUUCAGAACUCGAUAAUGUCAUACCAGCUAAAUUUGGUGAUGUGUCUGUGAGGGGCACACAUACCGGACCCACCAAAACUCUUCUUCAUGAAGAAGAUGACAUUGAAGAUGCUGAUGAGUAUUCAGAGCCAUUCUAUGAGGAUAACGGGGAUGAUUUGGAGUAUCCAACGAGUGAGACCACCGAAAUGGAACCAAUUGAUGCAUACACAGACCGUAACCUAAAUACGGGGUCCCGUGGAGUUUUAGACAUUGAUGAUCCUAAUUCACAUACCUCCCACUCAGACAUUGAACCAUCGUUGCGUUAUACUCCAGUAGAUGAAUCUUUAUCACCUCGUGAGCCAGUCAAUCCAUACCAACCUAAUGAGUCUGAAGAUAUAGAUGUUCCUCUUGGUGAACCUGAAAUACAGCCUGGAGAGAGGUGGUCGGAGACUGACGACGACUCUUCCUAUAAUAAAAAUCUUAGCGUUUAUCCAGAAACCGUAGCCCCGCCUUCAAAUACCGAAAUUCUCACCGGAUAUCCUGAAAGUGAAGUGGUUUCACGGGGUGACCAACUGCCUGAUCGGGAUUAUAGAAGGAAUCCCAUUACUGAGGAUGUUGGCUUAGACACCGAUGUAUUCGCGUACAUCCCUGUGAACAGAGAGACCUGCAAUCAGAAACGAGGACUCUGCUCCCAUCACUCUGUCUGCACGGAUUACGUCACGGGAUCGUGCUGUCACUGCCAAGAGAGUUAUUAUGGGAAUGGCCUACAUUGCUUACCAAAAGGAGCGCCACACAGAGUAAAUGGUAAAGUGAGUGGGAAUAUCUUGGUUGGACAAACUGCGCUCAGUUUUGAAGGGGCUGAUUUGCAUGCGUAUGCAGUGGUGAAUGAUGGAAGAGCGUAUACGGCCAUCAGCCAAGUCCCCGAGCCGGCAUCCUGGUCCUUGGCGCCACUGAUUCCUAUUGGGGGGCUGUUUGGUUGGCUUUUUGCUCUGGAGAAACCCGGAUACCAGAAUGGCUUCAGUAUUACUGGUGCCAAGUUUGUACACAACAUUGAAAUAGUAUUUUAUCCGGGCCAAGAAGCCGUCUAUAUAACUCAAACAGCCGAUGGCUUUGAUUCUGAGAAUUACAUCAAUUUGAAAACAAAAAUUCAGGGGAAAAUCCCAUAUAUUCCUCAGACAUCAACUAUCCAAAUCCCCCAGUACACAGAGCUGUACCAUUACUCCGGAUCAGUUGUGACUUCGAAUGCCGUGAGAGAGUACACCGUGACAUCCGAAUCUAACGAAGUGCAGAAAUUCUCUUAUCGGCUGCGCCAGAAUGUUAGUUACUAUGACUGCGAGCACGCACAAAGGUUUCCUCCCAAUGCGCAGAAGUUGAGCGUUGAUCGAGUGUUCGCUUUGUAUAAUAAAGAUGAGAAAGUUGUGCGAUACGCCAUCACGAAUCAUGUUGGAUCAGUGCACGAUUCCCCCGGUGAGGAGUCUCAGGAAGUUAACCCUUGCUAUGAUGGCACCCAUAUAUGUGAUACGAGAGCUCAAUGCCAACCAGCUUCUGGACUCAACUACUCCUGUGUGUGUGCGUCAGGCUUCCAUGGAGAUGGUCAUGAGUGCGCCGACCUCAAUGAAUGUGAGAUGGGUUUGAGCAAAUGCGGCCAGAACACAGUGUGCGUCAACUUGGAAGGAAGCUACAAAUGUGAUUGCCAGAGCGGCUAUUCGUUCUCUGCCGUUGGGCAGAGCUGUGAAUUGACGCCCGCUCCUGUCAAUCCUUGUGAAGAUGGAACUCACACAUGUGAGAAAUCAUCGUCUCGCUGUGUUCAUCGAGGAGAUGGCGUGUUUGCAUGUGAAUGUUUUCCUGGCUUCUUCAAAAUCGGAGAGCGUUGCAUUGCAGAGUCCAGUAUAUCCUGCUCUGAGCGACGCCGACUUCUGCUUGAAGAGCGUGGACUCCGAGGCCUGCGCCCACUGCUCGGCAGUUUUGUGCCUGACUGUGAUGACCAGGGGAACUAUAGCCCAUUGCAGUGCCACGGGAGCACAGGCUACUGCUGGUGUGUUAAUGAACGUGGUGAAGAGAGAGAGGGAACCAAAACUGCACCUGGCAGACCACAGCCACAGUGCCAGACUCCUCCUGAGAAAACCACCCCCUGCUUGGUGGAACGUCGCCGUUUGCUCGAAGAACAGAGAUCCAGAGGAGCCCGACCUGCGUUAGGAAGUUUUGUGCCUGACUGUGAUGAAGAAGGAAACUAUAGCCCAUUGCAGUGCCACGGGAGCACAGGCUACUGCUGGUGUGUUAAUGAACGAGGUGAAGAGAGAGAGGGAACCAAAACUCCACCUGGCAGACCACAGCCACAGUGCCAGACUCCUGAGGAGAACACCACCCCCUGCUUGGCCGAGCGUCGCCGUUUGCUUGAAGAGCAGAGACCCAGAGGUCCGAGACCGGUGCUUGGAGGUUUUAUACCGGAGUGUGACGAGGAAGGGAACUAUAGCCCAUUGCAGUGCCACAGGAGCACCGGAUACUGUUGGUGUGUUGAUAGGAACGGUGAAGAAAUCAGUGGCUCAAGAACGCAGCCUGGUACAUCCCCCCCACAAUGCAACAUUCCAGUGCCCACUCAGAGACCCCAGUCUGUGUGUGAACGAUGGAAGCAGAGUCUGUUGGAGCACUAUGGUGGGAAACCCACCGACCAGCAGUAUGUCCCUCAAUGCGAUGCGUACGGUGAUUUUAGCCCCCUGCAGUGCCACGGAAACAGUGGCUAUUGUUGGUGUGUUGAUAAAAAUGGUCAAGAGCUCCCUGGAUCGAGGACACAACCUGGAAUGACUCCUGCGUGUAUUCCAUCUGUAGCCCCUCCCACUAUGCGUCCAACGCCGCGUCCUGACGUUGGUGUUGCCACCACAGGCACUUACCUCCUGUAUGCGCAGGGACAGCAGAUCGGAUACUUGCCUCUCAACGGGGCAAAGCUGAAUAAAGAGAAUGCGCGGACACUGCUGUCACUCCAUGGUUCCAUCGUGGUGGGAAUAGAUUAUGACUGCCAGGAGAAGAAGGUGUAUUGGACAGACGUGGCUGGGCGUACAAUCAACCGAGCGGGUCUGGAACCGGGUGCAGAACCAGAGAUCAUCAUUAGCACUGGGCUGAUGAGCACAGAAGGUCUUGCCAUUGACUACCUCAGGAGGACCAUGUUUUGGACAGACAGUGGGCUGGAUAAAAUCGAGAGCUCGCGCCUUGACGGCUCAGACAGGAAGGUCUUAUUUGACACCCAGCUGGUCAAUCCUCGUGCUAUCACAGUGGACCCUGUGAGAGGGAACCUUUAUUGGACAGACUGGAAUCGAGAGGCCCCGAAGAUUGAGACGUCCUUUGUAGAUGGUUCAAACAGAAGGAUUCUGGUGAACGAUGAUAUUGGCCUCCCCAAUGGUCUGACCUUCGACCCACUUACUAAACAAAUCUGUUGGUCAGAUGCAGGAACCAAGAAACUAGAAUGUAUUUUAUCAAAUGGAACAGGAAGACGAGAAAUACAAAGUAACCUCAACUAUCCAUUCAGCGUUGUAGCGUACGCAAAUCACUUCUACCACACAGACUGGAGGAGGGAUGGAGUAAUAUCCAUAAACCAAGAGAACGGCCAGAUCACUGACGAGUACCUUCCAGAACAGCGAUCGCACCUUUACGGAAUAACGGCUGUAUAUCCUUACUGUCCGACAGGGAGGAAGUAAAGCAAGAGGAUAAAAUAACGUUAUACAAGGAGAGUGCUCGCUCCACGGCUCCUGCUGACAGCUGUAAGAGACCGAUCCACACCAAACAGGAAAAAGUCAUGUCAAAUGUAAUUUGUAAAGUUUUUACCUCAAUUUUUUACUACUGUUUUUUGUAAACAAAGUUUGACUGUAAAAGUGAAAUAUACAAUCAAUUUUGCAUCAGAGAUUUUUUACUGUUUAAUCCUUGCAGAUUUCCUGAGUACUACAGUGGGGAAUUUUUUAAUCUGUGAGUUUAUUUUUUUAAAAUUUAAGACUGGUAAUCACUCAGUCCCCCCCUCCCAUCCCCAAAUAUAUGUAUUCUGUGUGACCGUCAACUUGUGUUUACUGUGAAAUGGUUACCUGGCUCUGCCCUUAUCUGUGCCAAAAAGCAAGAUUUUGCAAUAUUGUAUAAAUUCAUUUUUUAAAUGCCUGUUGAGUCAUAACAUUUCACAAGAAAGUUUCAAUAAAUGUUUUUUUUCUUAGUUU